UUUGAAGUCAACCGCUGGUGAGCGGGGCACGUUAGCUAAUUUUAGCAAGACAUGAGUAUAGCGGGCUCUGUGUAGAGGCCUAAUUGUGUUGUUGCUGGAGCUUCUUUUAUCAUCUCGAAUUGGCCAGCCAGGCCAAAACCCGGGCUAUGGCUCCGGGACUCCUCUUUUAUUUUCUGGUGUCUCUGGUAGUAGCGCAUGCUACCGAAGAUGCUAAUGAAACGAGAGCAUUGAUUCAAGAAGACGCCCGCGAGGCUCGAGAUUACGGAACGUAUGGCGAUAACAGUAAGGAGACCGUAGUUAAUAUUGAGGACGAUGAAAAAACACAGUACUAUGAAACCAACUACGACACUAGUGCAUACGGAUUCGGUUACGAUGUAGGCCCCAACGGUCAAUUUCACCAUGAAAAUAAAGGCCCCGAUGGUGUGACUUACGGUUGCUACGGCUACGUUGACCCUGACGGUUACCUUCGCGUCACACACUACGUCGCUGAUAGCCACGGCUACAGAAUUAUAGAACCCGAAAAACCUGUGGAAGUUUUCCCAGAGGAAAACCAUGAAUACGAUGAAAAUUUGGUGACUCCGAGUCCUCUUCCUGGUCAGAUAGUACCAUGGAAGAAGCUAUACAUGCCACGAGGAUGUGGUAAAACUCCUGGUGGAAUUCCUCCUCGCCCUCUACCAAAACCGAAACCGACAAGCCCACCUCGUCCACCACCAGAUAGCGCUGGACAAAACAGCAACCCAAAACCUGGUGUUGUGUAUCCAGGAGGACAAGGUGGUUACUAUCCUGGCACGCCUGGUACCUCUGGUUCCCCUGGUACACCCGGCAGCCCGGGUAUACCUGGCAGACCCGGUAGCCCUGGAACCCCAGGCAGUCCUGGCGGACCCGGAGGUCCAUCCGGACCAUCUGGCCCAGGAGGACAAAAUUCAGGCUAUUACCCCGGUCAAGGACAAGGUGGCUCUUAUCCCGUGAGACCUGGAGCACCCGGAAGCUCUGGAGCACCCGGAAGCCCUGGAGCACCAGGAAGCCCCGGAGCACCUGGCGGUCCUGGCGGACCCGGUGGACCCGGAGGUCCAUCCGGACCAUCUGGACCAGGAGGACAAAACUCAGGCUAUUACCCAGGUCAAGGACAAGGUGGCUCUUAUCCCGUGAGACCUGGAGCACCCGGAAGCUCUGGAGCACCCGGAAGCCCUGGAGCACCAGGAAGCCCUGGAGCACCUGGCGGUCCUGGCGGACCCGGUGGACCCGGAGGUCCAUCCGGACCAUCUGGCCCAGGAGGACAAAACUCAGGCUAUUACCCAGGUCAAGGACAAGGUGGCUCUUAUCCCGUGAGACCUGGAGCACCCGGAAGCUCUGGAGCACCCGGAAGCCCUGGAGCACCAGGAAGCCCCGGAGCACCUGGCGGUCCUGGCGGACCCGGUGGACCCGGAGGUCCAUCCGGACCAUCUGGCCCAGGAGGACAAAACUCAGGCUAUUACCCAGGUCAAGGACAAGGUGGCUCUUAUCCCGUGAGACCUGGAGCACCCGGAAGCUCUGGAGCACCCGGAAGCCCUGGAGCACCAGGAAGCCCCGGAGCACCUGGCGGUCCUGGCGGACCCGGUGGACCCGGAGGUCCAUCCGGACCAUCUGGCCCAGGAGGACAAAACUCAGGCUAUUACCCAGGUCAAGGACAAGGUGGCUCUUACCCCGUGAGACCUGGAGCACCCGGAAGCCCUGGAGCACCAGGAAGCCCCGGAGCACCUGGCGGUCCUGGCGGACCCGGUGGACCCGGAGGUCCAUCCGGACCAUCUGGACCAGGAGGACAAAACUCAGGCUAUUACCCAGGUCAAGGACAAGGUGGCUCUUAUCCCGUGAGACCUGGAGCACCCGGAAGCUCUGGAGCACCCGGAAGCCCUGGAGCACCAGGAAGCCCCGGAGCACCUGGCGGUCCUGGCGGACCCGGUGGACCCGGAGGUCCAUCCGGACCAUCUGGCCCAGGAGGACAAAAUUCAGGCUAUUACCCCGGUCAAGGACAAGGUGGCUCUUAUCCCGUGAGACCUGGAGCACCCGGAAGCCCCGGAGCACCUGGCGGUCCUGGCGGACCCGGUGGACCCGGAGGUCCAUCCGGACCAUCUGGCCCAGGAGGACAAAACUCAGGCUAUUACCCAGGUCAAGGACAAGGUAGCUCUUACCCCGUGAGACCUGGAGCACCCGGAAGCCCUGGUGCACCGGGUAGCCCUGGAGCACCUGGUGGUCCCGGUGGACCCGGCGGUCCCGGUGGUCCCGGAGGACCAGCAGGACCAAGUGGCCCUAGCACACCUCCAUCGCAAGGACCUGGUAGCGGAUAUUAUCCCGGACAAGGACAAGGUGGGUACUACCCUAGCGGUCCUGGAUCUCCCGGUCAACCGGGAAGUCCUGGCAGCCCCGGUAGCCCUGGCAGCCCUGGCAGCCCCGGUAGCCCUGGAUCACCAGGUGGACCAGGUGGAUCUUAUGGACCCAGUGGACCUAGUGGACCGGUCGGACCCAAUGGCCCGUAUGGACCCAAUGGACCGAGUGGACCAAAUCAACCAUCAAGCCCCGGUGGACAAAUUGGACCCGAACAAGGUGGAUCUUACCCUGUCAGACCUGGUGCACCUGGUAGCCCUGGAGCACCUGGUGGACCCGGUGGACCAGGAGGGCCUGGCGGUCCUGGUGGACCAGCUGGACCAAAUGGACCCGGCGGACCCAAUGGACCGAACAGACCCAAUGGACCCAAUGGACCGAGUGGGCCAAAUGGACCAAGUCGACCUAAUCAACCUUUAGGACCUGGUGGACAAACUGGACCUGGACAAGGUGGAUCUUACCCGGUUAGACCAGGAGCACCCGGUAGCCCGGGAGCACCAGGUGGUCCCGGUGGACCCGGCGGUCCCGGUGGUCCCGGAGGACCAGCAGGACCAAGUGGCCCAAGCACACCUCCAUCGCAAGGACCUGGUAGCGGAUAUUAUCCCGGACAAGGACAAGGUGGGUACUACCCUAGCGGUCCUGGAUCUCCCGGUCAACCGGGAAGUCCUGGCAGCCCCGGUAGCCCUGGAUCACCAGGUGGACCAGGUGGAUCUUAUGGACCCAGUGGACCGGUCGGACCCAAUGGCCCGUAUGGACCCAAUGGACCGAGUGGACCAAAUCAACCAUCAGGCCCCGGUGGUCAAAUUGGACCCGAACAAGGUGGAUCUUACCCCGUCAGACCUGGUGCACCUGGUAGCCCUGGAGCACCUGGUGGACCCGGUGGACCAGGAGGGCCUGGCGGUCCCGGUGGACCAGCUGGACCAAAUGGACCCGGCGGACCCAAUGGACCGAACAGACCCAAUGGACCCAAUGGACCGAGUGGGCCAAAUGGACCAAGUGGACCUAAUCAACCUUUAGGACCUGGUGGACAAACUGGACCUGGACAAGGUGGUUCUUACCCGGUUAGACCAGGAGCACCCGGUAGCCCGGGAGCACCAGGUGGUCCCGGUGGACCCGGCGGUCCCGGUGGUCCCGGAGGACCAGCAGGGCCAAGUGGCCCUAGCACACCUCCAUCGCAAGGACCUGGUAGCGGAUAUUAUCCCGGACAAGGACAAGGUGGGUACUACCCUAGCGGUCCUGGAUCUCCCGGUCAACCGGGAAGUCCUGGCAGCCCCGGUAGCCCUGGCAGCCCCGGUAGCCCUGGAUCACCAGGUGGACCAGGUGGAUCUUAUGGACCCAGUGGACCGGUCGGACCCAAUGGCCCGUAUGGACCCAAUAGACCGAGUGGACCAAAUCAACCAUCAGGCCCCGGUGGACAAAUUGGACCCGAACAAGGUGGAUCUUACCCCGUCAGACCUGGUGCACCUGGUAGCCCUGGAGCACCUGGUGGACCCGGUGGACCAGGAGGGCCUGGCGGUCCCGGUGGACCAGCUGGACCAAAUGAACCCGGCUUACCCAAUGGACCGAAUAGACCCAAUGGACCCAAUGGACCGAGUGGGCCAAAUGGACCAAGUGGACCUAAUCAACCUUUAGGACCUGGUGGACAAACUGGACCUGGACAAGGUGGUUCUUACCCGGUUAGACCAGGAGCACCCGGUAGCCCGGGAGCACCAGGUGGUCCCGGUGGACCCGGCGGUCCCGGUGGUCCCGGAGGACCAGCAGGGCCAAGUGGCCCUAGCACACCUCCAUCGCAAGGACCUGGUAGCGGAUAUUAUCCCGGACAAGGACAAGGUGGGUACUACCCUAGCGGUCCUGGAUCUCCCGGUCAACCGGGAAGUCCUGGCAGCCCCGGUAGCCCUGGCAGCCCCGGUAGCCCUGGAUCACCAGGUGGACCAGGUGGAUCUUAUGGACCCAGUGGACCGGUCGGACCCAAUGGCCCGUAUGGACCCAAUAGACCGAGUGGACCAAAUCAACCAUCAGGCCCCGGUGGACAAAUUGGACCCGAACAAGGUGGAUCUUACCCCGUCAGACCUGGUGCACCUGGUAGCCCUGGAGCACCUGGUGGACCCGGUGGACCAGGAGGGCCUGGCGGUCCCGGUGGACCAGCUGGACCAAAUGAACCCGGCUUACCCAAUGGACCGAAUAGACCCAAUGGACCCAAUGGACCGAGUGGGCCAAAUGGACCAAGUGGACCUAAUCAACCUUUAGGACCUGGUGGACAAACUGGACCUGGACAAGGUGGAUCUUACCCGGUUAGACCAGGAGCACCCGGUAGCCCGGGAGCACCAGGUGGUCCCGGUGGACCCGGCGGUCCCGGUGGUCCCGGAGGACCAGCAGGACCAAGUGGCCCUAGCACACCUCCAUCGCAAGAACCUGGUAGCGGAUAUUAUCCCGGACAAGGACAAGGUGGGUACUACCCUAGCGGUCCUGGAUCUCCCGGUCAACCGGGAAGUCCUGGCAGCCCCGGUAGCCCUGGCAGCCCUGGCAGCCCCGGUAGCCCUGGAUCACCAGGUGGACCAGGUGGAUCUUAUGGACCCAGUGGACCGGUCGGACCCAAUGGCCCGUAUGGACCCAAUAGACCGAGUGGACCAAAUCAACCAUCAGGCCCCGGUGCACAAAUUGGACCCGAACAAGGUGGAUCUUACCCCGUCAGACCUGGUGCACCUGGUAGCCCUGGAGCACCUGGUGGACCCGGUGGACCAGGAGGGCCUGGCGGUCCCGGUGGACCAGCUGGACCAAAUGGACCCGGCGGACCCAAUGGACCGAAUAGACCCAAUGGACCCAAUGGACCGAGUGGGCCAAAUGGACCAAGUGGACCUAAUCAACCUUUAGGACCUGGUGGACAAACUGGACCUGGACAAGGUGGAUCUUACCCGGUUAGACCAGGAGCACCCGGUAGCCCGGGAGCACCAGGUGGUCCCGGUGGACCCGGCGGUCCCGGUGGUCCCGGAGGACCAGCAGGACCAAGUGGCCCAAGCACACCUCCAUCGCAAGGACCUGGUAGCGGAUAUUAUCCCGGACAAGGACAAGGUGGGUACUACCCUAGCGGUCCUGGAUCUCCCGGUCAACCGGGAAGUCCUGGCAGCCCCGGUAGCCCUGGCAGCCCUGGCAGCCCCGGUAGCCCUGGAUCACCAGGUGGACCAGGUGGAUCUUAUGGACCCAGUGGACCUAGUGGACCGGUCGGACCCAAUGGCCCGUAUGGACCCAAUGGACCGAGUGGACCAAAUCAACCAUCAGGCCCCGGUGGACAAAUUGGACCCGAACAAGGUGGAUCUUACCCCGUCAGACCUGGUGCACCUGGUAGCCCUGGAGCACCUGGUGGACCCGGUGGACCAGGAGGGCCUGGCGGUCCCGGUGGACCAGCUGGACCAAAUGGACCCGGCGGACCCAAUGGACCGAAUAGACCCAAUGGACCCAAUGGACCGAGUGGGCCAAAUGGACCAAGUGGACCUAAUCAACCUUUAGGACCUGGUGGACAAACUGGACCUGGACAAGGUGGAUCUUACCCGGUUAGACCAGGAGCACCCGGUAGCCCGGGAGCACCAGGUGGUCCCGGUGGACCCGGCGGUCCCGGUGGUCCCGGAGGACCAGCAGGACCAAGUGGCCCAAGCACACCUCCAUCGCAAGGACCUGGUAGCGGAUAUUAUCCCGGACAAGGACAAGGUGGGUACUACCCUAGCGGUCCUGGAUCUCCCGGUCAACCGGGAAGUCCUGGCAGCCCCGGUAGCCCUGGCAGCCCUGGCAGCCCCGGUAGCCCUGGAUCACCAGGUGGACCAGGUGGAUCUUAUGGACCCAGUGGACCUAGUGGACCGGUCGGACCCAAUGGCCCGUAUGGACCCAAUGGACCGAGUGGACCAAAUCAACCAUCAGGCCCCGGUGGACAAAUUGGACCCGAACAAGGUGGAUCUUACCCCGUCAGACCUGGUGCACCUGGUAGCCCUGGAGCACCUGGUGGACCCGGUGGACCAGGAGGGCCUGGCGGUCCCGGUGGACCAGCUGGACUAAAUGGACCCGGCGGACCCAAUGGACCGAAUAGACCCAAUGGACCCAAUGGACCGAGUGGGCCAAAUGGACCAAGUGGACCUAAUCAACCUUUAGGACCUGGUGGACAAACUGGACCUGGACAAGGUGGAUCUUACCCGGUUAGACCAGGAGCACCCGGUAGCCCGGGAGCACCAGGUGGUCCCGGUGGACCCGGCGGUCCCGGUGGUCCCGGAGGACCAGCAGGACCAAGUGGCCCUAGCACACCUCCAUCGCAAGGACCUGGUAGCGGAUAUUAUCCCGGACAAGGACAAGGUGGGUACUACCCUAGCGGUCCUGGAUCUCCCGGUCAACCGGGAAGUCCUGGCAGCCCCGGUAGCCCUGGCAGCCCUGGCAGCCCCGGUAGCCCUGGAUCACCAGGUGGACCAGGUGGAUCUUAUGGACCCAGUGGACCUAGUGGACCGGUCGGACCCAAUGGCCCGUAUGGACCCAAUAGACCGAGUGGACCAAAUCAACCAUCAGGCCCCGGUGCACAAAUUGGACCCGAACAAGGUGGAUCUUACCCCGUCAGACCUGGUGCACCUGGUAGCCCUGGAGCACCUGGUGGACCCGGUGGACCAGGAGGGCCUGGCGGUCCCGGUGGACCAGCUGGACCAAAUGGACCCGGCGGACCCAAUGGACCGAAUAGACCCAAUGGACCCAAUGGACCGAGUGGGCCAAAUGGACCAAGUGGACCUAAUCAACCUUUAGGACCUGGUGGACAAACUGGACCUGGACAAGGUGGAUCUUACCCGGUUAGACCAGGAGCACCCGGUAGCCCGGGAGCACCAGGUGGUCCCGGUGGACCCGGCGGUCCCGGUGGUCCCGGAGGACCAGCAGGACCAAGUGGCCCUAGCACACCUCCAUCGCAAGGACCUGGUAGCGGAUAUUAUCCCGGACAAGGACAAGGUGGGUACUACCCUAGCGGUCCUGGAUCUCCCGGUCAACCGGGAAGUCCUGGCAGCCCCGGUAGCCCUGGCAGCCCUGGCAGCCCCGGUAGCCCUGGAUCACCAGGUGGACCAGGUGGAUCUUAUGGACCCAGUGGACCUAGUGGACCGGUCGGACCCAAUGGCCCGUAUGGACCCAAUAGACCGAGUGGACCAAAUCAACCAUCAGGCCCCGGUGCACAAAUUGGACCCGAACAAGGUGGAUCUUACCCCGUCAGACCUGGUGCACCUGGUAGCCCUGGAGCACCUGGUGGACCCGGUGGACCAGGAGGGCCUGGCGGUCCCGGUGGACCAGCUGGACCAAAUGGACCCGGCGGACCCAAUGGACCGAAUAGACCCAAUGGACCCAAUGGACCGAGUGGGCCAAAUGGACCAAGUGGACCUAAUCAACCUUUAGGACCUGGUGGACAAACUGGACCUGGACAAGGUGGAUCUUACCCGGUUAGACCAGGAGCACCCGGUAGCCCGGGAGCACCAGGUGGUCCCGGUGGACCCGGCGGUCCCGGUGGUCCCGGAGGACCAGCAGGACCAAGUGGCCCUAGCACACCUCCAUCGCAAGGACCUGGUAGCGGAUAUUAUCCCGGACAAGGACAAGGUGGGUACUACCCUAGCGGUCCUGGAUCUCCCGGUCAACCUGGAAGUCCUGGCAGCCCCGGUAGCCCUGGCAGCCCUGGCAGCCCCGGUAGCCCUGGAUCACCAGGUGGACCAGGUGGAUCUUAUGGACCCAGUGGACCUAGUGGACCGGUCGGACCCAAUGGCCCGUAUGGACCCAAUAGACCGAGUGGACCAAAUCAACCAUCAGGCCCCGGUGGACAAAUUGGACCCGAACAAGGUGGAUCUUACCCCGUCAGACCUGGUGCACCUGGUAGCCCUGGAGCACCUGGUGGACCCGGUGGACCAGGAGGGCCUGGUGGUCCCGGUGGACCAGCUGGACCAAAUGGACCCGGCGGACCCAAUGGACCGAAUAGACCCAAUGGACCCAAUGGACCGAGUGGGCCAAAUGGACCAAGUGGACCUAAUCAACCUUUAGGACCUGGUGGACAAACUGGACCUGGACAAGGUGGAUCUUACCCGGUUAGACCAGGAGCACCCGGUAGCCCGGGAGCACCAGGUGGUCCCGGUGGACCCGGCGGUCCCGGUGGUCCCGGAGGACCAGCAGGACCAAGUGGCCCAAGCACACCUCCAUCGCAAGGACCUGGUAGCGGAUAUUAUCCCGGACAAGGACAAGGUGGGUACUACCCUAGCGGUCCUGGAUCUCCCGGUCAACCGGGAAGUCCUGGCAGCCCCGGUAGCCCUGGCAGCCCUGGCAGCCCCGGUAGCCCUGGAUCACCAGGUGGACCAGGUGGAUCUUAUGGACCCAGUGGACCGGUCGGACCCAAUGGCCCGUAUGGACCCAAUAGACCGAGUGGACCAAAUCAACCAUCAGGCCCCGGUGCACAAAUUGGACCCGAACAAGGUGGAUCUUACCCCGUCAGACCUGGUGCACCUGGUAGCCCUGGAGCACCUGGUGGACCCGGUGGACCAGGAGGGCCUGGCGGUCCCGGUGGACCAGCUGGACCAAAUGGACCCGGCGGACCCAAUGGACCGAAUAGACCCAAUGGACCCAAUGGACCGAGUGGGCCAAAUGGACCAAGUGGACCUAAUCAACCUUUAGGACCUGGUGGACAAACUGGACCUGGACAAGGUGGAUCUUACCCGGUUAGACCAGGAGCACCCGGUAGCCCGGGAGCACCAGGUGGUCCCGGUGGACCCGGCGGUCCCGGUGGUCCCGGAGGACCAGCAGGACCAAGUGGCCCUAGCACACCUCCAUCGCAAGGACCUGGUAGCGGAUAUUAUCCCGGACAAGGACAAGGUGGGUACUACCCUAGCGGUCCUGGAUCUCCCGGUCAACCGGGAAGUCCUGGCAGCCCCGGUAGCCCUGGCAGCCCUGGCAGCCCCGGUAGCCCUGGAUCACCAGGUGGACCAGGUGGAUCUUAUGGACCCAGUGGACCGGUCGGACCCAAUGGCCCGUAUGGACCCAAUAGACCGAGUGGACCAAAUCAACCAUCAGGCCCCGGUGCACAAAUUGGACCCGAACAAGGUGGAUCUUACCCCGUCAGACCUGGUGCACCUGGUAGCCCUGGAGCACCUGGUGGACCCGGUGGACCAGGAGGGCCUGGCGGUCCCGGUGGACCAGCUGGACCAAAUGGACCUGGCGGACCCAAUGGACCGAAUAGACCCAAUGGACCCAAUGGACCGAGUGGGCCAAAUGGACCAAGUGGACCUAAUCAACCUUUAGGACCUGGUGGACAAACUGGACCUGGACAAGGUGGAUCUUACCCGGUUAGCCCAGGAGCACCCGGCAGCCCAGGAGCACCAGGUGGUCCCGGUGGACCCGGCGGUCCCGGUGGUCCCGGAGGACCUGGUGGACCAAAUGGACCCGGUCAAGUUCCCGAUUCCGUCGGUGCACCUUCCGGAACAGGUGUUCAACCACCAGUUUACCCCCCGCCCAGUCAGCAGCCGCCAUUCCCUAUAUAUGUUAUACCAUAUCCAUUGCCGAUCGUGCCAAGCCCCGCAUCAUGUCCCUGUUAUCUCUUGAAUCCAGGCCAAAAUAAUCAACAAUCUUCUCCACAAAUGCAGUAUAACCAAUACCCUUACCAAGGGUACCAACCUUAUGGCAUUAUAGGGUUCAUACCAGUCGUAUUCGUUCCCAACUGUCCUGGAAAUAAUACUGGUAUGCAAACUGCGCAACAAAACUUCCCUAAUGCUGUAUCUGUUCCCUAUAAUUGUGGCCAAUGUCAAGCGUCGAAUGACAUUUACCGGUACUUCGGAAGAUUAAAUGGAGGACGUAGCAUUGAAAUGAACGACUUAAAAGAAAUCAAAUCUCUACCAGAACUGGAGAAUCUCUUGAAGAAUCAAAUUAAACCUCCAAGAAAGAGUUUAAGGAGGAUAGCCGUGAAUGCCAGAGUUCUGGACGACAUGACGAACGACAAGAAAAAUAAAAAGAAUUUGAUAAUUAAGGCGAAAGAAGAUUAACGAUAUCACUUUGUGAUGCAUUAGUAUAUAUAUUUAGACUAUAUAUUAUUACAGAAUGAAUUUUGAAAUCGUCCGACAAUACUUGGACGCUUUCAAAAUAAUUUUAGUUGAGGUAAACUUAUAUUUAUUUACUUUUAUUUAUCAGAAUGGCUGAUUAAACACUAUUAUACUAUGAAGUAGCUUAUCACUGUUCAUAUGUCUGUUACUGCCAAGUAUGUAAUAUUUACAUCUUCAAUUUAUGCUCAACUCAAAUACUUUUUUUAUAUUCUUUGUAAAAAUUACUAUAAUGUAGUUGGAAGUCUUAAAAUGCAUAAAUAUUAAACGAAAUAAUUUUAAA